AUGACAUGGGAGAAAAAGUCACAAGACAAAACAAAUCCACCUGAUUUUGAACAUUCUAAAGAUGCGGAAGAUGAGCUGGAGAAGGUCACAACUGCACCCAAGAACCAUGAUUCCCAGCACAUUUCAAUUUUUUGCUCUGCGUGUCAACAAACAAUAUAUCCAUACCACCUUCUUUAUCAUAAAAACACCCACAAAGCCCAAACUUUGCUGGGCUUUGACAACCCACAAACAAAGACUGACAACAAAACACUUUUAGCUCAGAGACAGAAACUAAUUUCAAAACUGACCAAGAUUCCCAAAUAUUCUGAGAAACACAGGCAGAAGAUUGAUUAUUCAUUUGAAUUCCUUAUGAAUAAUCACACUCCUACAUCAUAUGGUGAUCCUGCUAAUAUUAACAAUCCUAGUACUUUUAAGAAAGUAAGUAAUUCUUUAAUAAAAGCAUUAUCAGUUUGCCAAGAUAAAAAUUCAACAUGGCAGGGAGACAUGGAAGACCGAUUCAUUGUGCUUGACAACUACGGAAAUAGGUCAGAUACAUGUUUUCUGGGGUUAUUUGAUGGCUCUCAUGGUGUGACAGCUGCAGAAACAGUUGCAGCAGAGCUUCCACUUUUAUUUCUUGACCAGCUUGCUCAAAUGGAUUCCUCCUACAAAAAGAGUAAGGAUGAACAGCAAAUUCUAGAUUCUUUUGCCACAGUAAUCAAUGCAGAUUACAGGCAAAAAGAGAGAAUUUUCUCUGACAAACCAAGCAAUGACAAGACCAACAAGACCAAUACUUACGAAUGGAUUCACAAAGCAUAUGCCAAGUCCUUUUGGAGAAUGGAUAGACUUUUACGACUAGGAAGGAAUGAGGUUUCCAAAGUUCGCUGGAGUGGCUGUUCAGCUGUUACCUGUCUGGUGGAAAGAAUCCCCAGUGAAGAGACAGAUGGCACUGAGGAAGAAAAAAGAAAACAUUUUGAAAACAACACACACAGUCCAUUAGCCAGGACAGCCAAAGAUGUUGCUGGGUUGCUGCACAUUGCCAAUAUAGGCAAUGCACAUGGAGUCUUACGUAAAGAUGGGAACAGUCACUGCCUCUCAAAAGAGCACAGCACUUCUAAUGUAAGCGAGAGAAAACGCAUACUUCAGAAUGGUGGAAACAUCAGCACUAAUGAACCAGAUGGAUUAGUGGAGGGGUAUCUGAGAACUACAAGGGGACUUGGACAUCAUGGAGAUCCAGCACUGAAAAGAUCUGUUAUACCUGUACCUCAUACCAUAUCUGUCCCUAUUGAUGAUACUUGUCAGUUUCUUAUUUUAGCUUCUAAUGGCCUUUGGGAGGUUUUGGAUUACAAUGAAGUAGUUGCAUUAACUCUAACAACAUUCACUCAUUACUUGAGAAUGUAUGAAUGUGCUCAACAAAACAGAACUACUCCAUAUGAGCGUCAGCACUCAAUGCCCCUCACUGAAGACCACUUUAAUGACUCAAAAGCUAUUAGAGAUCUGCAAAAUGGAAGAGAAAUAUUGUAUUCCAAUAAAGACACUUUUCUCACUGACUCAAAAGGCAACCUGAAAGAAAAUGAGCCAAAAUGUUCCAGGAGGAAUUAUUUGCAAAGUGAAGAUGGAGUGUCUGAGGAAACUGGUGACCAUAAAAAUCAAGCUGAUACAGAACUAUCUCUUUUCAGUAACAAUGAAGUAAAUUCACAGAACAGAGAGAUAAAACAGUCCGAUUCUAGCCCACAAGGUAGCUCUGAAGAUCUGAAAGAGUUUGAGAACAGAAAAGUUUAUCUAUGUAACAGUUUUGAGCCACAGUCACAGACCACAGCGCAAGGAGAAACAGACACUGACACUUUCUGUGUGACAGGUCCAAGUUGCACCCAUAAACACCUGCAAGAGAAUGUACGAGCAAUAGAGCAAGACAUGAAACAGCUCCCAAAAGAUACAAAAGCAUGCCUAUCUAAUUCUGACCCAGGUCCACAACUGGCAGAAAAAACAGACUCCAAGAUAUUUAGUGACAAACUUGAAAGCUACACUGGUCAAGAACUGCUACAGACUGUAUCACUAGUGGGUUCUAAAGCAUCCCCACCAUUUGAAGGGGACACAAAAAUGUACCCAUCCAAUUGCAAAACACAAACUGCAGGAAGAGGCAGAGUCACCUCUGAGACACUCUACGACAGCGCAGCAAGCUACGUUAGUGAACAACUGGUAAAGACUGCAUUAGCUGCAGGUUCAAGAGAUAACAUUACUAUUUUGAUUGUACUUCUAAAUGGAUGCAAUAAGAUACCCAAUUAUGUCAACAUUUAA